AUAAAAAUAUGUUUACAAUUUAACAUAGGUGAUAGCUAUAAUAAAAAUUAUGGUUGAUAAAAGAGAAGAGCUUAACAAAUAUUGGUGCAAUCGAUGGGCAAGUAGUGAUACUGGUUGGGUUUUUCCUGGUGUGAAUCCUUUUUUGAAAUUAUAUUUUCCCAAUCUUACAGAAGGUAAAGGUGUCUGUAACAAAAGAGUGUUGGUGCCACUCUGUGGAAAAACAACUGAUUUAUUAUGGCUAUGUGAACAAGGUUUAUCAGUAACUGGUAUAGAGUUUUGUGAAGUGCCAAUUAUCAAUUUUUUCAAAGAGAAGAGUUUGUCAUAUGAAUGCUAUGAGAAAAAUUGUCAUAAAGUUUAUAAGUGUGUUAGCAAAGAUAUUGUAAUUUAUCAAGGGGAUUUUUUUUCAAUGCAUUCUGAUAUUUUAGGUGGAGUGUUUGAUUAUUGUUGUGAUAUUAGCUCAUUGUCUGCUAUGAUCCCUAAUGAGCAAAAGUUGUAUGUUGAUAAAUUAAUAUCUUUUUUGUCUUAUGAUUGUCGUCUUAUUCUAAAUUGUUUUGAAUAUGAUGUUACCUUGCGUAAUGAUAAACCUCCAUAUGCAAUUUUCAGAGAUAGGCUUGAAAAUAUGUUUGGUCAUAAAUUUAUCAUCAAAGAAUUAUGUUGCAACACUGAGGAUAUAUUACCAGAAGGCUAUACUAGUCGAAUCGGUUUUAAUACAAGGCACAUAUAUUAUAUGAUUGAAAAAAUAAAAUAGAGAAUUUUUAAAAAUACAUUUUAAUCUUUUUA